UGGAGCAGUAUGAAGAUAAAAUAAGGUUUCAUAACUAAAGAACAGAGUAAAUAAAGCGGCGUCGUGUGCGCGACAGUGUGUUAUGAUAUAAAUGAAUAGGAGGGCGCGAAAAUGUCACCGAACAAUGAGCGUUUGCCAAAAUUAAGGCCUAAUUCGUAUGAAUGAUAGUGGUUUUCAAAAUGGUGGGUGUUUUAUUUGUUAUUUUGAUAGUUAGCACGACAUGUUUGGCUAAAUCGAAAGAGUGUCCGGAAAUUUGCGAGUGCCUCGGCAGUUUUGUGGACUGUAGUUCGAAAAAUUUGGAGCGCCUGAUAUCGACAACACCGAAAUGGGCCACUCACCUCGACAUGCAUAACAAUCAAAUCAAAAAUCUGGGAAAGAACAAGCUGAAGAAUUUAACGGCUCUGACCGAGCUGAAUUUAAACAAAAAUUUCAUACACACCAUACAAAAAGACUGCUUUGCCAACCAACAAAAGCUCCAGAACUUGGAAUUAAACAGGAACAACCUGACGAGCAUCGAGGCGCUGACGUUUCAAAAUUUGGUGCGUCUGAAGACGCUCAAGUUGAAAAGGAACCGCAUCUCUCAAUUGUACGACGGCGCCUUCUACGGUCUGCAGAAGAUCGAGAAACUGUUGCUGGACUACAAUGAGAUUCGAGUCAUUUCCAAGCGAUGGCUUUACGGGCUGACCAAUUUGAGGGAGCUCACGUUGAGCCACAACAACAUCUCGACCAUUGAGGAGGGUGACACUUGGGAAUUUAGCGCCGACAUAACUUACCUGGACCUUUCAUACAACCAACUGAAGUCGAUCGAAAACGAUGCCUUUAAAAACCUGGGCCAUCUCGAAAAGCUUGUGCUGAACAACAACAACAUAAAAUACAUUAAAGAGGAUGCCUUUCAGCACCUACCGAGAUUGAAAGUUUUGGAUUUGCACAACAACGAAGUCUGGUGGACGAUCGAAGAUGGGAACGUCCUGUUUCGAGGUCUCAACGACUUAAUCAAGUUCAAUUUGUCUGGCAAUCUAAUUAAAUCGAUCAAUAAAAACGCCUUUAUCGGAUUAAAAAACGUAACCCACAUUAACUUGAACCACAACAACAUUUCGUCCAUACAGGAGGACUCCUUCUCGGAGGUCCCAAUGUUAAAGGAGCUUGUACUGAACACUACCAGUGCCAUCUGCGACUGCAACAUAAAGUGGCUGGUGGAGUGGGUCAAAGUUAAGGGGGUGAAGAUCAACGUGCAGUGCGCCUACCCGGAACACCUCCUCGGGGAGUCCCUCUUCAACGUCUCCCUGAGCAACCUGACCUGCGACAAGAAACCGAUUCCGAGACUCAUCGAGAAGCCGGACGAAGAAAUAAUGGCGUUGAAAGGCGAGAACGUCAGUCUGAGCUGUCAGGCGGCGUCGAGCUCUAGCAGUAUUAUGACGUUUCAAUGGAAGAAAAACAACAUGGAGAUAACGGACGCCGAGAUCAUCAAUAACUCGACCAGGAGCGACAAGAACACGUACGGUACUUCGGUGCUGAACCUGCGUUGGGUGAACAACUCGCACGCGGGGAAGUACCAGUGCGUCGUGAGCAAUAAAUUCGGCACCACCUACUCGAGGAAGUCCACCAUAUCCGUGCUGGUGUUCCCCACGUUCAUUAAGAGUCCCACCAACAUUACAGUCAAUGCUGGUGAAACGGCGAGAUUUGAGUGUGCGGCGAACGGGGAGCCCCAACCGGAAAUCGGCUGGAGGAAGGACGGUGGUAACGAUUUUCCUGCCGCGAGGGAACGAAGGAUGCAAUACAUGUUGAACGAUGACGUGUUCUUCAUACUGAACGUUAGAGAAAGCGACAUGGGCGUUUACAGUUGUACCGCCCACAACGCCGCCGGCACCAACAUCGCCAACGCUUCGUUGAUUAUCGAGGAAAAGCCUUCUUUCGUGAAGGUUAUGGAGGACAAGGAAGUUAUAGCCGGAACGGAGGUGGCAUUGAAAUGCCUCGCGAGUGGCAGGCCAAAGCCCACGAUUACUUGGUUGAAGGAUGGCAAGGCUUUGACGGCGACGGAACGUCACUUCUUCACGGCCGAAUCGCAGCUGAUGAUUAUCGUGGACACUGUUAUCUCGGAUUCUGGUAUUUAUGAAUGCCACUUGUCCAAUAGAUUGGGCGAGGUUUCCGGGCGUAGCAUGGUCGUUGUAAAGCCUGCUGAGACAUAUUCUUCGAGCUCCAGAAGCAACAUAAUGGGAAUAAUAAUAAUAACGGUGGUCUGCUGCGCCGUUUUGACCUCCAUAGUGUGGGUGGUUAUAAUCUACCAGACGCGCAAACGUCCCUCCAUGCCCACCUCCCAACUAUCAAUGGAACUGAAGGAAAUGUCCGACUACCGCGACAAAGCCUUUAACGGCUCCGGCCAAGCCACCGCCCUGCAACUGCGCCACUUCCCGGACAACGUGUCCGAGCACUCGUCAUGCAAGGACAGCGGCACCGGCGACUCGGCCAAAAGAAGCAGCGACGACCUGGUGCCCGAUCCGGACGACUUCGCCAUGGUGAUCAACGAGACCACCAUGGCGCCGUUGUUGCACUAUCCCAGAUCCACCAACCACGACCGAAGGGAGGACUCGCACUCCGCCAAGGAUGUAUAAGUUGUUUUAUUUUUUUUUAGGAAACUUGACGGUACAAUUUUAAAACUGUAUAUAGUUUUGUAUUCCUUAGUUCCUGUAAUUUAUUAAGUUUCGACUGGUUUUUUUUAAGGGCAUGCUACGAAAUUCUCCGUCGCCUCUUUGUUUUUUCCUCUAAGUUAUUUUCGAGAUUCAAAUCGCCGGAGCCACAAAUUGUCGUACUAGGUGCCGGUCAGUGGAUCGAUUGCUCAGUCUUGUUGGGUGAUUCUGAUGCGCCAGUUUUUCGUUAAAUUAUUACGUACUCAUUUAGUUUAGUUUUGAAGCACACGGUCGAACCAAAUUUGUGGUUUUUCAGUGUCCAAGUCCAUCCUCACUUACGCCAUUAAUUUAUAAGUGCCCAUGAUCUCAAGUCUCAAUAUCAGAAAACGAUUUAUUUAAUGAUAGUUAUGUCAAUGACAAAAGUACAAAUACUUUUAAUGCCGUAGAUUAAGCCAGUAGAUUUAAAAACUGUACAAGAACCACGCCGUCCAAAUUACCAAUUAUUCGGCAUGAUCAAGCUUUAAUUGUUGACCAGUGAAACUUUAUUACUUUAUUUAUUUAUUAGCAGCAAUAUAGUAUUUCCGAAGGCUGCGCGUCACUCGUGUUUUGUGCAGGUGAUUUUGAACAACUGACCGGUGCAACUAAUUUAGUAGUAACCUUACCAGUAUUAAAUUAUUUUUAAUUUUUUAACUUGGCCCACACAACAGUCGUGGUCCAAUUAAUAAAAAAUAAAGUUGGCGAUAUGGAAUCUAUACCUUGUGAUAUUAUUUUUAAUAAGGUAUGUACUAUUUGUUGGUUAAUUUUUUACAAAAUUGCCCCGUACAAUUUUACUAGUUAGUUUCGAGUAGCUACUGUAGUAUUAUGUUGUAUAUGAUGUGUGAAUGUUUAUUUUAUUUAUUAAAUAUUUGUACGUGUGUGUUAUUUGUGUGCAUGGCCAUUUUUACUCCGUUCUCUGUUCAUCCAAAACUAUACACUAAAUUCUAUUUAUUUUAAUUUUUUUUUUAAAUCCCCGUAUUUUUUGUAUAUUCUACUACUAUAGUAUUAUUAAGGAUACCUCAUUGUGAUUAUAUUUUUUGUUCAAAAUAAAAUUAAUAUCGUA